GUGCCUAUCCGUACCCGUGCAUGGAAUACUCUUCUGUACCCUUAGCAGAGCCUGCGGAUAUUCCGGAACCUUUAGUUCAUACAAGCACAAGCAGCCGAACUGGAAGAAGACUCAUGUACUACAGAACCAUCCAUAACGGAUGGCGGAUCGGCGCAGCCUGGGCGUUUCAGGAAGACCAAGCUCCUCGCAUUGCUCUUCGUCCUGGCGCUGAUCGGUGUUUCGUCGUGGCUCUCGUACGAGUUUCUCUGGGGACGGUGGUCAGGCUUCAGGAGGAGGACCCUGGUCAGCAUCUCAGGACAGCCGCAACUCUUGCGGAGCCUCAACAGGAGCGUGCGUCCCUGCGACAACUUCUACCAGUUCGUCUGCGACGGCUUCAUCAGUAUGCCAGCCAGGAAGCGCAGAACAGCCUACUCGUCAUCCAGGUCCCACCGACAGGGCCCAGGAGCGCCAUUCAGAAAGCGGCUGCGUUCUUCCAGGACUGCAUCUCACUCAACGAAGGCCUUUACAACGCCACCGUGCUCUCUCACUUCGUUGAAAGCUUCAAUCUGGGCUGGCCAUAUCCACGAAACACCAGUACCAGUCAUCUAAUCGAAGUGCUCGUGCAACUGGCGAUAGCGUGGGGCAUCAACCCUCUGUUCGACUUAGACUUACAACCCGUGCCUCAGCGAACAGGCAGACAUCGAUGGAUGUUUCACGAAAACAGAUAUCUCAACCUGUGGAGGCAGACAAAGAAAAGCUUUCCUAUUCUAUACGUGAACGUUGAGCACACCUACAAGAUGUUUCCGGAGUUCCAAGCUGGUGUCCCUCUGCGCUUGUACACAGUCUUGGACGAGGCUGACAGCGAGGUGCUGCAGCUGACCAGGGUCUACACGAGCAGAAGGAAAAAAAUAACGUUCCAAGGAAUGGCCAAUAUCAUCCGAGGCAUCAAGCCCCACCUGUGGGUCGACGCAAUUAAUACGCUUACAGACACCACUUAUACCGUCCUUGCUACGGACACCAUUGUUACAAACGUGCGUCUGUUACGUGCCGUCCACAACCUUGUGACUGAGUUCAACGACAACAACCCUGGUGCCGUGGCCAGCUUCCUCACCUGGCACAUCAUCAAUGCUCUGUCGGUCCUCGCUUACAACGAGUCCAAGAGUCUCAUGUUGAAACGCGGCUUCUUACAGGACUACUGCUUCUAUCGCUUGAACCACAUUCUUCCUCUAGCAUCUUCGAGACCCUACAUGGAUACUAAUAAGACUUCUCUUAAUCGAAUCGACGCCAUCUUCAAAUCGAUCCAGCAGCAGUACAAGAAACGCGUCGAGAAAGCGCCCUGGCUGGACAGCGAAACCCGUACGGUUGCACUCAGCAAGUUGGAUACAGUAACCGCUAUCUUAUCAGCUCCCGAUCUCAUGAAGAACGAUACCGCACUCGACUCCCUCUACGCCUGCGUCACGGACGAACGGGAACUGGACACGCUGUCCCUGUAUCUGUCUGCGAGUGACUGUCACCGUCGCCUUAUCUUCACGAAAACGGCGAGCAUCGCUUCUGCGAAAGAUAUGUUCUGGCUUACACCCGUAUCUUUUUUGGCCAAGUACGAGGAGACUUUCAAUGUCAUCGUCGUCAUGAAGCAGUCUUUCAGUGUACCCUUAUACAGCGGUGAAAACCUCGCAGUGGACCAGAGUGGCCUGGGGAUGCUGAUUGGAAAGCAGAUGCUGCGAACUUUCUACCGCACCGGAAGCGAAUGGGACGCCGAAGGGAGUAACCAUGUCUGGUGGACCACGGCAACCCGUAAGACGUUCGACAGGGCGACGGAAUGCGUUGCGAAUGAAUUCAAUACAGACAUUCGAGACCUUAGCUUUGCCUUCGCGGACUUUGUGAUGCCCUCUGUUGCGUUCGCCGCUUACGAAGACCUCCUGGGAGAGCGCGGGACGUCGUUCUGGAACUGGUUCUUUAGGGAGCGGCGCUCUGAUCAGUUUGUCGAUGACCAAUUGUUUUUCAUGAAUCUCUGCUUCUGCUUAUGUGACAGCAGUGAAGAGAUUGACGAAAGUGAUGCAAGGUCGGCGAAGAACAGGUGCAACCUUCCCCUGAGGCACGCGUGGGAGUUUUCGCGGGCGUUUGGCUGUGUGGCCGGAGACUAUAUGCACGCUGAGACAACGUGUAAUAUGCUUUGAAUCGCCCUGCAAGGCUGUUCAAAGUUGCGAAGUGCUCCUGUGCUAAGUGAUAGCGUCCUACAUAUGUCUCAAGGACCCAGCUUGAUGAUCCUGAUAACCAAUGACUUUGAACUCUGUCUUGUUUGCUUACAGUAUAGACCGUUAAGUCAACAGUGACACUUCAACACUUAUUACUUUAUGUGUAGAUAGUGUUUAUCUUAAUCUCAUUAGAGAGAAGGGCAAUUAGUAGUUCUGAAUUAAUAAAAUUCGAAAUAACA